CUUCAGGAUUUUCACUUGUUCCGUACAACAUUUCAUUUGAAGACCCGUUUACCAAGGAGCUAUAGCCAACCACUAAGGGGGUAAGGGUAUCUGGACUUCCCAGCUGACUGACCAGACCAGACAGUGUUGUCUUCCCUACCAGUAGACUGACCAGACCAGACAGUGUUGUCUUCCCUACCAGCUGACUGACCAGACCAGACAGUGUUGUCUUCCCUACCAGUAGACUGACCAGACCAGACAGUGUUGUCUUCCCUACCAGUAGACUGACCAGACCAGACAGUGUUGUCUUCCCUACCAGUAGACUGACCAGACCAGACAGUGCUCCCAGUGUAUCUGGACUGGACCAGGGACUAUUUGGCCUCAGUGACUGGACUCUGCAGUGUUACAAUCAGUAUUGGACUAUAUAGACUGUAUUUGGACUGACUGACCAGCUCCAGUGAUCCUCCCUCCCUCCCAGCAGACAACACGAGCCCCCUGGACCCCCCAGACCCCUCCAACAGCACGGCCGACCUAGCACCAGGCCUGCCAGUCCACAUGGACACCAACUCCACCCACUGGCAGCAAGGCAUCCUGGGGAACGACAGUCUCAACCUCCACUUCGACCGGCCGGGGUUCCACUCUGACAUCACCAAGCAUGUAGGAGUCCAGGCUGCUCUGAUCACAGCGUACAGUCUGAUCAUCCUACUGGGCCUGGUAGGCAACGCCCUAGUCAUCUACAUGAUCAUCCACUUCCGGAACAUGAGGACAGUCACCAACUUCUUCAUAGCUAACCUGGCCCUGGCCGACCUGUUGGUGGAUACGUUGUGUUUACCGUUCACACUGGUUUAUACAUUGCUCGACGAGUGGAAGUUUGGCGCGGUGCUGUGUCACAUGGUCCCGUUCGCCCAGGCGCUGAGCGUGCAUGUAUCGAUCCUGACGCUGACCGUCAUCGCUCUGGAGCGCUACAGGUGUAUCGUGUUUCACCUGGGCCAGCGCCUCACCUGGCGAAGCAGCCUGUUCAUCAUGGCUCUCACCUGGACGCUGUCCGCCAUGCUGGCCGGCCCGCUCGCCAUCUUCAGAGAGUACCGUCAGGAGGAGAUCCCGUCCAUCAACCUGAGCAUCUCAGUCUGCUAUGAGAAGUGGCCCCACGGCAGCAGCAGAGAUGGAGUCAUCUACAGCCUGUCUAUGUUACUGCUGCAGUACGUGCUGCCACUAUCCAUCAUCAGUUACGCCUACAUCUGCAUCUGGGUGAAGCUGAAGAACCACGUGAGUCCAGCGAGCCGCAUCAACUCCGUCCAGCGCAGGAAGAAGACCACCAAGAUGCUGGUUAUGGUGGUCGUAGUCUUCGCCACAUGCUGGCUGCCCUUCCACGUGUUUCAACUAGCCAGCGACCUAGACCUGGUGCUCAGCUUAAGACAAUACAAGCUCAUCUAUACUCUCUUCCACAUCAUAGCCAUGUGCUCCACCUUCGCCAACCCGCUCCUGUACGGCUGGAUGAAUAAGAACUACAGGAAUGGGUUCCUCAUGGUGUUCAGGUGUGAGGAUAAACCAGACAGUAUUCACCCUGAGGGAUCCUUCAGGACCCGGUCCCUACGGAGGAUGUCUCUGAACGGGAGGAACGGCGGACACCCUCCUACUGCCGUCUGAUUGAUUGCCUGAACUGCCAUCUGAUUGAGGCUGCUGUAUGGAGUGAUAUUAGUACUAAUAGAAAGGGAAUCUGAGGCUGC